GCCUGUCCAGAAAGCGCGAUUUGCGCGCGUGUCCACUCGCGCGUUUUGAUUUGUAUUGCGUCCAGAUGCGGCGAAAUCACUCGCGUUUCACGCGCGCAUGUGAUGAGACGGCUUUAGGCCAGUUAUAAACAUGGACUCGGAUAAAGCGGUUCUGUUGUGGCUUGCAUACCGUCGAUGGAGACGUCGUAAACGAAGAGAAAGUCGACGAUUUAACGUGCAUCCCAUUCUACGCGACAGAAUGACGCAUAGUAUGUUUAUAACUUUAUACCCAAAACUCAGAGAAUAUAGUGAAAAGUUUUUCAACUACUUUCGGAUGUCAGUAGCAUCGUUUGAUGAUUUACUAGAAAUUAUCAAAGAAGAUUUGACUCCUUGUCAAAAUUAUGUGGUACGGGAUACUGUUUCUGCAGAAGAAAAACUCGUGAUUACUUUGAGAUAUUUGGCUACAGGAUGUUAUUUUGCGGACCUGCAUUAUGCCUACAGAUUAGGAAAGUCUACAGUUAUCGAAAUAGUACAGAAAACCUGUUACGUCAUAUGGAACAAACUGCAAAAUAUAGUAAUGAGAGAACCAACGAAAGCUGAAUGGGAAGAAAUUUCGAAACAAUUUCAAAAAUACACAAAUUUUCCAAAUUGCAUCGGCGCCAUUGACGGCAAGCAUAUCCGUAUUAUAAAACCUAACGAUUCUGGAUCUCUUUUUUAUAACUAUAAGAGUUAUUUUUCAACUGUUUUGUUGGCCGUAUGCGAUGCAAAUUAUUGUUUUAUUGCAGUGGACAUAGGCGCAUAUGGAAAAAGUAAUGACUCCACAAUUUUUAAAGACUCUAUUUUAUAUAAAAAACUUGUCGAGAAAACUUUAGAUAUCCCAGAUCCAAAGCCAAUAUCGCAAACAGAUACAACCCCCUUACCUCAUGUCAUAGUAGGAGAUGAGGCGUUUAGUCUGUCUGAAAAUAUAAUGCGCCCUUAUUGCGGUAAAUCUCUAACAACCAAAAAAAGAAUUUUCAACUAUCGCUUAUCCAGGGCCCGGCGCUACAUUGAAUGUUGCUUUGGCAUCUUGGUAAAUAAAUGGAGAAUAUUUCAUAGACCGUUGAAUGUGGACAUAAAAUUUGCAGAAAACAUCAUUAAGGCUUGUUGUGUUCUCCAUAACUACGUAAGGUUAAGGGAUGGCUACAGGUAUGAUCACACUCUCUACGAAACAUCUCUGAUUAAUUUGAACACUGAGGCAGUGAGGCCUAAUGCGAGAUCAUUGAAUGUAAGAGAUAGAUUUGCUGAUUAUUUUGCUAACGAAGACAAACUCCCUUGGCAAGAUAAAAUGAUAUAGCUUAUUACUGUAAAAUCUAUGCAAGGAAUAAUAUUAUUUAAUAAAGUAUUAUUUACUUACCUAAAGU